AUGCAAACGCAUAAUAUUGCUCGUUUAGCUUCAGCACAACAUUUAAAUAUAAUGAGACGAACAUUAUCAAGAACAACAUUACCUGUUCUUCGAAAAUUAGUACAAUCUGAAUCUUCACAUACAACAGUUUAUCUUCGUCCAUCUUAUACAUUUCGUUGUGCAUCAACAGCAUCUUCAUCAUCAUCAUCAAAUGAUGAACAAAACCAAAAGGCGAAUAUGAUAAAUUUAUUGUAUCUUGGUGGUGCUAUAACAGGUGUUGUUGCUCUUUAUUCGAUCUUUCAAAGUCGAAAAAGUUCAAAAGAUAAAAAACAAGCAAUUAAUGCAUAUGACGAAAAACAUCUAAAAUCUCAAGAUUCUGAUGAUAAACUUGAUGAUUCAAAUAGAACAUUAAUUGAAAAAGUCGGUAAUUUACAAGAACGAAAAGCACUUGCUACAGAAGAAGAUCCAGAUUCCGUAAAAGCAAUGAAUAAGGAAGAAUUGACACCAAAUAUUCCUAAUUUUGCCCAAUAUUUAAUCAUUGGUGGUGGUGCAGCAGCUAUGAGUGCAUUUAAAUCUAUACGUGCACAUGAUGCAACAGCUAAAGUUCUUGUUAUUAGUUCAGAAAAAUAUUAUCCAUAUAUGCGUCCACCAUUAUCCAAAGAUAUUUGGUAUACUGAUGAUGAUGAAACUAUAGAAAAACAUUCAUUUAAACAAUGGAAUGGAAAAGAAAAAAGUUUAUAUUUUUUUGAUGAAGAAUUUUAUACUGAUGUUAAAACACUUAAUGAUCAAGAAACUGGUGGAAUUGGAGUUGUUCUUGGAAGAAAAGUUGUUGAUCUUGAUUUAAGAAAUUCUGUUGCGAAAUUAGAUAAUGGAUGGGAAAUAUCAUUUGAAAAAUGUUUAAUUGCAACAGGUGGUCAACCAAAAAGUUUGAAAGUCUUUAAAACAUCAUCAAAUCGUGUGAAAAGCAAAUUAACAAUGUAUAGAGGAAAAUAUAGAAUUAUGUUAAAUAAUUCAACUGAACAUUUUACAUUGGAUAAGUUAUUUUUAACUAAUAAUGAAAAUAUUUCAACAAAUAUGGAUGUUAAUAAUAAUAGUAUCAAUAGUUUCGCAUAUUAUUUAACAAACAGCAAUGAUCAUCAUUCUAAUAGUAAUCAUUCAUCAUCUUCUAAAAGUUCAGAAUUUCAUUUUAUAUUAAAUGCGCUACCAUCAUCAUCAACAAAAAUCAAUGAAGAAAUAACAACUUAUUUAAAUCAAGGUCAACCAUAUGAAAUCGAAUUUCAUACGAAUAAAAAUUUUAUUGAACAUAUUUCAAGUACUUAUCGUUCAAUAUUACGUUUAUGUUUUUGGGAUAAAAUAUUACAAAAUCAAGAAUAUGAUUUAAUGCAAAAAUGGUUAAAGGAAUAUCAUUUAUCAUCAUUAUUUGAUAUAGAUAUGAAUUUAACUUAUGGAAUAUUAUCAAUCAUACGUUCAAAACAAAUACCAAAUGCUAUUGAAAUUAUUUGGGAUGGAUCAUCACUACCGACAACAUCCUUAUUUAUUCGUUUUAAAUGUACAUCAACUGAUUUUGCACAAAAACGACAUGGAGGAGAAAAAGGUAUACCAUUACGUAUACAAAUUGAUACAUACCAUGAUAUUGAUAUUGAUAAUAUCAAACAUUUAUAUUCAUGUUGUUGUAAAAUACAAUUAUUUCGUUUAAAAGGUGCACAAAGAAAAAGUAAAGCAGAUAAAAUUCGAAUUGAAAAAUUAAAUCCAGAACAACGUCGACAAUAUCAAACAACACUUGAAUAUACUAUUUUACAACCAUGUUUUGUUUCAUCACUAUAUACAAUGAAUUUACUUACUCUUUCUCACUCACCUGAUGAUUUAUUUGAUAAAAGUGAAUUAGAUGCAAAAGAAUAUAAAGAUGAAGAUAUUAAUCGAAAAAAUAGUUUAGAAAGUUUAUCAUCAAUAGAAACAUUAUCUUUAUCAAAUGGAAAAUAUAAAAUAUCGGAAAUUAAUAACUCGGAAACAAAUAUAGAAACAAAAAUUACAGUAGGAUCAUCAAAUGAAGAUGUAUUAAAUUGGUUAAAUAAGAAUGAUUUUUCUUCUGUUGUUCAUCGUUCCGAACAUUAUACAGGACUUGAUAUGCUUCGAUUAACUAAAAAUGAUCUUCAUCAUAUAUGUAAUGGUGAUGAUACAAUAAGUAUUCGUCUUUACAAUCAAUUAAAUCAAAUAAUUAUUCCACCAAUCGACGAUUUUUUUGCAUUAAAAAAAGUCGUUGAUUCUGGUGCUGACGUAACCAUUGUUGGUGGAGGAUUUCUUGGUAGUGAAUUAGCAUGUGCUUUAGCUCAUCGAUCAAAGAAAAAUGGUGAAAAUGGAAAACCAAGUGGAAAAGUAACUCAAUUAAUGCCAGAAACUGGUAAUAUCAGUAAAGUUUUACCAGAAUAUUUAAGUAAAUGGGCAACUGAACGUGUUCGAGACGAAGGUGCAGAAGUAUUGACAAAUGUUGAACUUGUUGGUACAACAAUUGAAGAAGGAAAAAUAAAUCUUUCUUAUAUUGAUCCAGAAAAACCAAGACAAACAAGUUAUAUUAAAUCUGAUCAUGUUGUUAUUGCUGUUGGUAUUGAACCUAAUACAGAUUUAGCAAAAUCAGCUGGUUUAGAAAUUGAUGGUGAACAAGGUGGUUUUCUUGUUAAUGCAGAAUUACAAGCACGUCAUAAUAUAUGGGUUGCUGGUGAUGCUGCAUCUUUUUAUGAUAUUAAAUUAGGUCGACGACGUGUUGAACAUUAUGAUCAUGCUAUUGUUAGUGGUAAAUUAGCUGGAGAAAAUAUGACUGGUGCACAUAAACCUUAUUGGCAUCAAUCAAUGUUUUGGUCAGAUUUAGGACCAAAAAUUGGUUUUGAAGCUAUUGGUUUAACUGAUUCUCAAUUACAAACUGUUGCUGUUUAUGCUAAAGGUAAACCAGAUGAUGAACCACAAAAAGAAGAUAGUGAAGGUAAUCGUGAACAAAACGAUGUUGCACCAGCAUCAACAGCUAAUGAUUUAAAACAUAAAAUACCUGAAACAAGUGUAACAAAAGGAGAAGAUAAACAGGAUUAUAAUAAAGGUGUUGUAUUUUAUUUAAAAGAGAACAAAGUUGUUGGAAUUGUUCUUUGGAAUGUUUUUAAUCGUAUUCCAAUUGCACGAAAGAUUAUCAAAGAUCAACAAGUUAUUACAAAUUUUCAAGAACUUGCGAAACUUUUUAAUAUUCAUCAAGAUUAG